CAGACUCAGCAAAGCAAACUACCAAGUCGGCGGCAACGGGGCAAGUCCGAUCUGACGACCCAGAUUGCAACGGGCCGGCUGCUUCUCCCCCAAAUGGGCUUCUAAGCUCUGGUCCAACGAAACCUUUCCCCAUCGAGUGCGUGGCAGGGCACCACGCCGCUCGCCGCAUCCGUUCAGCUUUCGAUCCAAUCGACGGCCCCACUGCCCUCGUCUUCUCGGCGUUCUCGCUUCCGUCUCCGGCGUCGAGCCCCCUCCGGCCACCUGUCAAACUCGGCGGCUGUGCAAGGAAGAGCAGCACCUGGAAGGAAUUCUUCAGGAUUGGAGGUGCCGCCGGUGUCCGCACCUCUGCUGGGCCGGCGUCAAGCGGAGAUCGAAUCGGGAACCGAACUGACCCCGUCUUUCGUCGAACUUGCAUCAGGAGAAGCAAUGUCAGGAGUGAUCACAAAGUUCGCGGUUACAUCCAUGGUGAUGUGGAUGGCCCCGGUCGCGAUCAUGUAUGGGUUCUACUACCAGGUGUUUCCAGGUGUGAGUCAGAUGUCAUCCUCAGCGCAGACACUCGCCAGCGGGUUCCUUGCCGUCAUAUCAGUUAAUCUGGUGAUCGGCUUCUACAUAUGCAUGGCGAUGAAGGAGACUCCACACCAGGAGCCGCAGCCUGAUCCCACCUUCUUGGCAGAUGCUAAAGCGAGUAUCAACCAGCUAACAUCUUCUCAAGUGAAUGAUGAUUCCAAGGGGAAGGGGAAGGUUGAGUAAGCUGUAGCAUUUUGGCUUGGGUCUUGUGUAUGCUAUACGCAUGUCACUCAGGAGGAAUAGUUGUGCUAUGCCAUCACACAAUGCCGUAACCUUUUAAAUUUCUUAAUUUGCUGUAAAUCUUGAUGGUUAUGGAACCAUAUGAAGAUGAAUCUCAUGUAUCUGUUUACGAUGGAAACUAUGUUCGAUGGGUUAUUUUGGUUAGGAUGCUUAUCGAA